AUGGCUUCAAAUAGUGUAGAUGAUGAAAAGCCAAAUUUACGGCCAACUAAAUAUAGUGCUGCUACUGGUAAAACUCUUUUUUUACACCAUAAUCCAAAUCAACCAUCGAAUAAAUCCUAUAUUAUUGCUACAUGGGAAGAUAGAGAUCAACAACAGGACGAAUUAGCCAAUCACAAACCAGAUCCAUUUGGUAUUGAACAACCCAAUGUAGAAUAUUCUUUAAAUAAACGACAACGAUGGAAAGUACUAAAAGAUUUUCGUCAACAAAUUCCUAAUCUAUCAAGUUCAUCAUCAGACGAUGAUCUGGGUACUCAAUCGGAUUCGGAACAAAGACAAAAAAAUAAAAAAACUCAACAAAAAUAUCUAAAUAUCCAUCGAACAAAAUAUGUCUUAUAUGAAUUUCAUAAUAAUAGGAAAAAAAACAAUUGUGUCGGAAUAACAACUAAUACAACACAACGACGUACACAAAAACCUAGAAAAACUUAUUUGAAUGAAUCAAUAAAUACGGUAAUAGAACCAAGAGAAAAUCAUCAAAAUAAUAAUACGGAAUCUGUCGAAGUUACUUCUAAUGUAUCUUAUUGUGCUGUUGUUCCACUACCACGAGAAUCACAAUUAGCUAACGUUAAAAAACAUCACACUUCAAGAAAUAAGAAUACAAAAUCGAGUACACAACGUUCUAAAUUUACUCAAGCAAAUGAACGACUAGAUGCUGAAGAACGAAUACAAGAUGAACAAGAAGACCUAUCGACCGAUGAUGCUAAUGGCGAUGAUGACGAUGAAUCCAUGUUAUCGUAUUAUACUUCGUCGAAAUUAGAAUUAAACGAUUUUAUACGUGUAAAACGAGAUGAGAAUGAUAUUGAUCAAGUGUCUGUUAAAUCUGAAAAUUCUGAAGAAGUCGAGCCAUCGAAACAAAAGAAACGAUUUUAUCGACAAAUAAGUAAAGAAGAAAAACUUUAUAAUCGAGAUAUGGCUACAUAUAUAAAAAUGCAAGAAAAACCAGGUGUAACAAUUAAACCAAAGGAAAAAUCUCAUCAUCAUUUAAUGUCAUUAUCAUUUCGUUCUAUUUUCUUACAUCAAACAGACUUGUGUAUUGAACAUCUAUCGAAAACUUAUGGGAAAAAUUUUCUUCGUGCUCAAUGUUAUCCAACAAAAUAUUUAAUUUGUCUUACAGAUCGUUUAAAAUAUUUUCAAUGGUCAAAUAAAUUUGAUUUAUUUUCAAUUUAUUCAACACUUAACUGUUAUCUUGUCAUUAUUUUGAAUGAUGAAUUAAACAAUGAAAAUAAUUCUUGUCAAGCACAAGUUGCGCUUAACAUGGAUUUAUAUGCUGAUACAAUACAGAUUGAAACAUUGUCUCAAUCAAGUGAAAAAAUCUAUAAAAUUGAUGAAUUAAUUGAUAAAACAAUAGAAUUCGUUACAAAUUUACCAUUCGAUACAUUUAAACCUAUUGAUUUAGAAAUAAAUCAAAAGAAAUAUUAUCGAAAUGAAAUCGAUAGCGAAUUAAGUGAAAGUGAAUUUGUCAAUAAACAAAUUCAACACAUACAUAUACUAGAUAAAAACGAUUUGCAAGCUAAAUUAAAUAAUGAAGAAGUAAAUAAUGAAAAUAACUUAGUUCGACCAGAUAUUUGUGUAACUUGUUGUUGUGAUAUGAAUGAAUCAAUACCAAUGACUGCAUUAAAAUCCUGUGGACAUUGGUUAUGCAAUCAAUGUUGGAAACAAUAUAUUGAAACAACAGUUAAAUCUAUUAAAAUUAUACGUUGUCCAGAAUGGAAUUGUUAUUCACAUCUUGAUGUUGGUACAAUCUUAUCUUUGGUUAAUAUUCGUUGUAUGAAUAUUUAUGAACGUAAUAUAGAAAAAUGUCUAGUUAAUUUGUCUCGUUCUUAUGUUAAAUGUCCAUCGAAAUCUUGUCCAUUGAUUGUUCAAGUUAUUGAUUCAGGAAUGGAUCAUGUUCGAUGUCGGUGUGGCCAUCAAUUUUGCAUUGAUUGUAAACAAGAACCACAUUUUCCAGCAAGAUGUAGUUCCUAUCGGGAAUAUAUCGAUGAAGUGUAUCGAAAUGGUGAUUUAACAACUGAAUACAAUGCGAAGAUUUUAGUUCGGGGUCGAAAUUGUGUAUCAUGUAAUUAUUUCAUUGAAAAGAAUGGCGGUUGUAAUCAUAUGACAUGCCGAUGUGGUGCUCAGUUCUGUUGGGUUUGUACUGGUUAUUGGAAAGAUCAUUUUGGGCCUAGGGGCGAAUUUGCGUGUCCGAAACAUGAAGUACCAAUUCAAAAAAAACUUCUCGUUAAAGAACGCAAUCCAUCUCGAAGACUCUAUGAACAUGCAGUUUUUCAUCGGUACGAACGUGCUUUUCAAAGUCAAGUAAAACUAAAUGAAAAUGUCAAGCGCCUCAUUGGAACGAUACCAUUAGAAAAAGGAACUUCGUUCGAUACAUCACUCAUAAAAUCACAAAUUGAUAAACGCGAAUCACUCUUACGACAUACAUAUGAAAUGGUUAAAUAUGUUAAUUAUCUACAUCGUGUAUGUGAAUUUAUUGCUGUAGCUGCUGAUGGUUAUGCUGAUAAUCCAAUUGAAUUCGCUAAUAGUUUAUAUCCAUUUGAAGCAAUUAUUUUCAAUAUGACUGUCUUAUUUGAAACUGGACGAGGUUAUCAAGCAAUUGAACAAUUGAAUGAUUCAUGUAAACGAAGUGAAAGUUUACUUGAACGUCUUCGUCGUGCUGUUUCUCGUCGUAAAACACGACAACAACAAAUAGGAUAUGUAACUUCUUAA